AUGGCAGCGACGGCCUCGGCGUCGGCUGCUUUGCCCCCCGUGGCUGCCACGGGCGGCGAUCUCGAAGACAGCAACAUCUCCAGCCCGCUCAGCGAGGUCGACGACAAGGACGCCAACGACGAGGAGAUUGAACACAUGCACCUGGACAGAGACCACCUGAGCGCUGGUCCAGACGAGGCUGCCGGCACCGACAACGCCGGCUCAGACUCUGACAGCGCCCUCUCCGACGCAGCGUCUGACGUCAACUCUGAGGCCAACGACACCGAGGCCGAGACGCUGAGGCUCUACGACACGCCGCAGACGCAGAGACACCACGACGUCGGCAUUGGGCGGUUCAAUGACAGAGAGCCCUUUGAGCACACGCCGAGCAAGCUCCGCCGGCCGCUGGUCAAUGGCGACGGUGACUCCGUCUCCGGCGACGACAGCCACGCCGACGAUGAUGGAGACGCCGACGACGACGACGAUGGCGAAGAGGACGACGUCGAUGAGAACGAGUCGCCGACGAAGCCCAUAACAGUUACCCCGAAAGAAGAGAAAAGCUCUCGCGGCGACUCGCACGAGAGGAAGCGGAAGCGAUCUGCCGCCGCCGAGCAUCAGUCGGACCUGGAGCAGCCGGCUAGAAAGCGGACGGGCUCAAUAUCGGCCGCCGAUGCAGACGGCGACGAUCAUCUCGCGGCUGCUGAAGACGAUGCGACACCGGCGGCUCUUCCUGUCCGCGCCGUCGGGCCUGCUGCGGACGACGACGAGGCGUCCGCCACGAACCAAGACACGCCCGCGGAGGACGAAGCCCCCGAGGUGCCUAGGAAGACCAAGCGCGGCGGCUCCAAGCGGAAGACGGUCGUUUCGGACGAUGCCGAGAGCGAGGCUCCCGCGGAAGCCCGUGACGAACAGCAAGACCCCGCGCUGGAGGAGGAGCCCGAGCCCGACCACGCCGAGGAAGAGGAGGCUGAGCCCGAAGCUGAUGAGGAAACUGACGCUGCGGCCAGGAACCUCGAAGAAGUGGAAAGGAAGCAGGCUGCCUAUCGAGACUGGACUCAAAUUGAGGAGAUGUUUGGUAUUUUCAGGGAUCGGCUCUACAAGGAUCGGCUACAGAGGCUCGAGGAAGAAGAGCAGUCGCUACAUGCUCCAGAGCCUACGCAUCCCGAGUACCUCAACAUGAAGCAGUGCCUCGAUGAUCGACUGGAGCAGAAGCUGCGAGCCAUCAAUACCGAGCACGACUAUCGACUCAAGGCCCUCGAGCGGCGCGCCGUGGCCCAGAGAGCGCAGAUCUGGAGCCAAUACUUUCAGGCUGUCCGAGAGAAGCGCGAGCAUGCUCUGGAGGCCCUGAACAGGCAGUGGUACGAUGUGCAGAGCGCUCGGCGGAGCGCGCACAGCCUGCCAGACUACGGCCUGCUGUUCCCCAAAGAUCCCGCGCAGCGCAUCAGGAAUGCCAUUGCCUACAACACCGAGGUGUCGACCCUCGCCGGCCUGGCCAAAUACGAAGGCUUCCCAGCCGGGCCCGAGUUGCAGGGGGCAUCUACGUCUGAGCUUGAAGCUGACUUGGCCGCCAUGGAAGUGAGUGCACCCAAUUUCCUAGACUACAAUAUACCCCGAUUACUGACCUUGCCAUUAGCGAACCCGACGCCUGCGGCAGAAGCCCUCGAUCAGCCACAUCCGAGAGGAGUAUCAGCCGCCGCACCUGACCCGUCUUGA